AUAUAUUCCUCUUUGGCAGCAAACGAGUGUAUAGAAAUAUCUUCGACACUAAAAUGGAAGCAGAGGAAUACACAAGUGAUGCAGUUAAGAGAAAGCUACUUCUAGACCGUUCGAGUCUUAUCUGCCUCGCCUUCAUCACCGGCAGCGACUACACUGAUGGCUUAAAAGGGUUUGGAGGAGUUAAUGCCAUGGAGAUUCUUCACGAGUUUUCUAUUAAAGAUUUCGAGGGUCUUGAGCAGUUUAGAUCCUGGCAUGAAGAAGCCCAAAAAGGCCCGAGGAAUCCCCACGAAGGCAGAAUUAGGAAACGUCUUAGAGGUGUGGUGCUGCCAAGUGACUUUCCAUCUAGAGCAGUUUAUGACGCUUAUAGCAAUCCGGCGGUAGAGAAACAAACAGGGGAUUUUGAAUGGAAACAUCCAGACCUGGAGUUCCUUAAAUCAUUUGCUUUCAAAAUCCUUGGCUGGACUGAAGCCAAGACAAACGAGGUUCUAAAUCCUUUGAUCAAGCGACUCAGUGAAAAAAAGACACAAAUGAAGAUCGAUCAGUUUUUCAACCACGUAACGGUUUACUGUGACAACGUAAAAGUCAAGAGCAAACGUAUUCAGCGAGUAUUAAAACCACCUGGUAAUCAGUUAUCGAGUGGAAAAGGUGGCAAAAAAGACAAGAACAAAAACAUAAAAAAUCGAAAUCCAAAAGCUGAUAAAAGACCUCGUAAAAUAACCAAUGAAAAGCAGUUCAAAAACAAAAAGAGGCCAUAUUCAACAGAACUGCAUAGAAAUAAAUUAAAAAGUGAAGCUGCUGUUAUUCAAUCGAAGGUACCAAAGAAGGAAUGAUGAUGACGUGUGCGUUAUAUAAACCUACAGAAUUCAUUAACCAGCGAGAAAAUUCCUCUCUUAGAGAUGUAAAGCAAAUACUAGAUCAAAAGCUCUGUUUUUUUAUGUAUUUGUUAAUUUAAUUUUUUUUCUCCAUACCCGUAUUUUAACAUAUAUGUACAAUAAUUGGAAUACAGGUUAUAGGUUUUUUUAUGAGAAAAAGUUAAGUCUUAAUUCCAAGAAAUUAGAGAGGAGGAAGGCAAAUCCAGAGAAUUAAUGUUGUGCCCCUUAAAAGUUAUCAUGAUAAAAAAAUGUUUGCAAAAUAAACUUGACCUAUGCGCCUAAUUACCUAUUUAUUGAAUGCAUUCUAUCACCUAUGAAGUAUUUGUCUUUUUGAUGCAGGCCUGACGACAUUUGAACCAAAAAUCUUAAAGGGAGAAGACAUAAGUCCUGCGAAAAGAAAGAAAAAAGACAGUUUCAUCUAGAUUUUCUAGAAGGUCUUUUAAAGGCAUGUUAUUGCAAUUGUCAGUGCCGUUUUACAGUAAGAUUUAACUUAAGUUCUGACUUCAAGAAGAUAGCUUCUCAUCCGCGAGAGACUGGAAGAGCUUGUAUCUGAUUUAUUUGUCAGUUGCUAUUAACCAAUAAAUAAGUGCUAUCUUAGAAUUGAUGUGUUGUUAAUAAGACUUAACAUUAUUAGAACUCUUUUAAUCCUGAGACUGAAAGUGUUGUGAAAGAAUUUGUGGAGAAGUAUCGUCUGUUGAGGCAAAGGACAAUUUGGAAGGAACUACCAAGGACAAG